UGAAAAAAACAAAAACAUGAAAAAGAUAAGACAUUUAACAUGAAAAAGAUAUACAUUUAACAUGACGGAUGGAGUACUUUUAUAAAAGGAAACAAAAUCAACUCUGACACACGCAAACAUAAAACCUCCAAUAAACCCUUGAUAUUACAUACACAAUUGUUGACACAAAACCUCAAAAUCCCAUGCUUAAUGGCGGCCAGAAACAGAAAGCUUCUCCUUCAUCAAAAAGUUGAGGUGAGGAGCGUUGAGGAUGGGUUUUUUGGUUCAUGGCAUCCUGGUAAGGUGAUCGGCUGCAAGGAAUUGGUUCGCGUAGUGGAGUAUGAUCACCUUGAGUGUGAUGAUGGCUCUGCUAAGCUGGUUGAGGAAGUAAAAGUGACCCCUGCAAUUGAUGGGGUUUUUGAUGAAGAAAUUAAGAGACCUGGUGAGUAUAGGGGCUUGAUUAGGCCUUGUCCAGAAACACAGACUUUGGGUCUUGUAGGGGCACGAACUCUGCAAUAUGGAGCAUGUGUUGACUUGUUUCAUCACGACGCCUGGUGGGAAGGUGUGGUGUUUGACAACGAAGAUGGGUGCGAGAGAAGAAGAAUUUUCUUUCCUGAUUUGGGUGAUGAAGUUGAGGGCAAGGUUGAUGAUCUGCGGUUUAGUAAGGAUUGGGAUGAGGUCACAGAGAAAUGGAGAUCUCGUGGGAACUGGCUGUUUCUUGAAUUAUUAGAGGAAUAUGAGCAAGAGUAUCCUCGCCUUGUCUCUGUGAAGCAAAUAUGGUAUGAAGUGAGGACGAAGGAUAACUUUAAAAACCUUGGGGAGUGGACUUCCUCUAAACGGGAUGUAUGGAAACAAUUAUUGCUUCAGGUGAUCUCUGACAAUAUAGAGCUUCUUGCUAAGAAUCUCUUUGCGAACUCGUCCUGUGAAUCUGCGCAAAAACAAGGACAAACAUCAUUGAAAUUUCUGGAAAAAGAUUGUGAAUCUAUUGUAAAAUCUAAAGAACCAUUUUGUAGUUCUCUUGCAGAAGCAGCACCCUUUGAAGAUCUCCAGUCUAAUGAUAAAGGAAUUCCGCAAACUGAUGUAAAUCAUGGAAGCAAUGAUCAGGUUCAGAUUGAGGACGAUCAAGUUCGCGUCUCAGUUAGCCCCACGGACGAACAAGUUUGGUCUCCUGAUCCAGAUGCAGAUUCUGGGAUUGGUUCAAGUAGUUAUGAUGAAUCUCAUAGUUUGAAAUUGAGACAAGGGAGAGGUAAAAGUUCAACCAAGACCAGAAGACUUAACUGGCAGUCUGCUGUACCUCAAUUGAUUCCGGGGCCUCAGCAAUGCCCUGAUGCAAUUGAUUCCUAUAAGGAGUAUUUGGCUGGAAGAAAAGGUACUUCUCGUAAAGGUACUGCUCCUAAUGGGCUCUCAUCAGAUGUUAGCAAACAUCUACUUUAUCUGGGCUGGAAAAUUGAGUUUAGACGUACAUGUAAGGGAAAUUCGAAUAGGAAAUGCUAUAUUUCCCCCAAUGGGAAAACUUUUCAUUCGCUACCUGAGGUAUUCGAGAAGUUCCACGGUGACUUUGAGUUGGAACCCACAUCGCACGUUACUAUGCACCCAAACUACGACAUUGCAAACUACAUGAGUUCAUAUGAAGAAACACCCUCACCUCCUGGGAAAUCCCAAGCUUCCAGAAACUUGUUCAAAUCGCCGUGCAUUACUGAUGAGAAGUUUGAAAUUGAAUCUAAAUAUUGUCCCAAAGCAGUGCGGGAUUAUUGCUCAUUAGCUUCAAAGUCUGCAGAAGGCAAAUUGAAAGGCAUGGAAGCAAGGAAACACUUGUCUGCACUUGGAUGGUCUUUUUAUCGCCACAACAAAGGACAAUACGGCUGGGAAAUACGUUAUAUGUCACCUACUGGAAAAAUGUUUUACUCUCUUCUUUCAGCCUGUACAUGGUGUGUACAAGCUGGUGCACUUACUUCCAGUGACCCCUCUCGUGCCAUGGGAAGAGUCGUAAAUAGAGACUUCAUCAACAAUUAUGAUGGAAAUUUAUCGACAAGUAAAUCACAUCUUCCGCGAACCAAAUGUGUCUUGAAGAGGAGAAAGCUCGAAUGUGAAGCUCAUAAAACCAGAAUGUCGAGGAAGAAGAGGAGAAAGCUCGAAUCAAAUUGUCUUGAAGUUUCGCUGGCAUCACCCAAGAGAGGAUGGAAAUCUAAUGCAUCAAUGAGACUGAGAGGAGAUUUAAAUGCUAAUUCUUUAACCCCAGUGAGGCAAUCUAGUAAAAGGGUACGUGAGGAGGCUGCUUCUUCCUCUCAGCAGACACCUCGAACUAUCUUGUCUUGGUUGAUUGACAAUAAUGUGGUUUUGCCAAGAGCAAAAGUUCACUACUGUAGUGGCAAAAAUGGUCCUCGAAUUGCAGAAGGACGAAUAUCUCGCGAAGGGAUUAAAUGUAGUUGCUGCGGGGGAAAUUUUACUCUUAGAAACUUUGAAGCACAUGUUGGCAGCUCUGAUCGUAGACCUUCUGCAAAUAUAUAUUUGGAGGAUGGUAUGUCUUUGCUUGAGUGCCAGUUGCAACUGAAACUACGUUAUAGCAGUCGAAAUUCAAGGUUAGAACAUCAACCAAAGGCUGCCCAACAUAAUAGAAAAAGUGACGACAUAUGUUCUGUCUGUCACUACGGAGGUGAUUUACUGUUGUGUGACUUGUGUCCAUCCUCGUUUCAUACUCAGUGCGUUGGUUUAAAGGAGGUUCCAGAGGGUGAUUGGUUCUGCCCGUCCUGCUGUUGUCAGAUUUGCAACAGGAGCAGAUCCGAUUCAGGAAAUAGACUAGCCAAAGGCACUUCUUUUUUCACCUGUUGUCAGUGUGAGCGACGAUUUCACGCUGAAUGCCUCACAAAUGAAGGAGAUACACAAUGUUGUUCUAAAGGUGAUUUGUUCUGCCAAGAUACAUGUCGACAGAUAUUUGAUGGUCUGAAUGGGCUUCUGGGGAAAAAGAUUCCUGUAGGAACUGAAAAUAUGACUUGGACUUUAGUGAAGUACAUGGAAUCAAAUAUUUCUAAGAAUGCUGUGACAUAUGAUGACGAGAGUUCGGUGGAGAGUUACUGCAAGCUUAAUGUGGCCCUCAGCGUGAUGCAUGAAUGUUUUGAACCCGUCAAAGAGCCUAGGACCAGGAGGGAUCUAAUGGAAGACAUUAUCUUUAAUCGAAGGUCAGAUCUCAACCGUUUGAACUUUCAAGGAUUUUAUACAGUAUUAUUGGAAAAGAAUGACGACUUGAUCUCAGCGGCUUCCGUGAGGAUAUAUGGCAAAACAGUUGCAGAAGUCCCUCUCGUCGCCACACGGUUUCAAUAUCGUCGACUUGGGAUGUGUAGAAUUCUGAUGAAUGAACUUGAGAAGCAACUCGCAGAAUUGGGAGUCGAGAGGCUUGUUUUGCCAGCUGUUCCUAGUGUUUUGAACACUUGGAUCUCUUCAUUUGGGUUCUCCAAGAUGGAUGAAUCAGAGAGAUUAAAUUUUCUGGUCUAUACUUUCCUCGACUUCCAGGGUACGAUAUUUUGCCAGAAAAUGUUGAAGAGUGAUCUACCUGCAGAAAACCAAACAACGGGUUGUGACCAUGUAGACAACAAUGCUGACAUCGGGGUUGGUGUAAUCAGCCCUGUAUCUGAAGUUCUGGAAGGGAAACAAGUAGAGGAGACUGACGUCAUGGAGCAGGAAUCAGCAUGCGACAAAACAGUAGCUGACAAUGGCGAUGCCGGUUGCUCCUCUGCUGAAAAAGCCAUAGUGGUGGUGAAUCAACAAACUGCCCUGGACUAUUCAUCUCUCCAACCCGCCCUUGGUUAUCCUCUACUAGCCACGAGCAAUGGCAGACAAUCUGGAAGCACCAAGGUCUUCUUAAAAUACUACAAACGAAAGAAGAUAUCCGCUUGCUGAGGGCGGUACUCUUCUUAUUAACAUUUCAGACCUUCCUGUAGUACUAUCAAGCUACUCAUGAACCUCUCGACUUUGGAAGUGAGCUGGAAGGAAGAUGACGUAACUGAAAAUACACCGUCAUGGCCCAUGAUCGUUUUUUUGUACAGAUUAAGCUACUAGCUAAUCACAUCUAACAUCCUGCUAAGUUUUCAAUGUCUCCAGCAGAGUUUUUGAAACUAUCCCUGGGUGCUUUUGCACUAUUAUAUCUAUUUAUCAUUCACAGUUUUCUCUUGUUUUCAACUAAUGUUGUUACUCCUUUUAUCUUCAGGUUCCUCUUUGUAUUUAUCAUUCCAGCGGCUAAGGAAAUGUUAUGGUUGCCACGAGUGGAAUAUCUAGGCCACACAAUCUCUAAAGUUGGUGUUUCAACAAAUCAAAUGAAAAUUUAGGCUAUACUGAAACGGCCAACACCAUCAGAUGUAUCUCAGCUUAGAGGAUUUCUUGGAGUAUUGUAUUAUGGGCUUGGUUUCACGGUUUUUCGCGGUUCCGGUUUGGAACCGGCGGUUUCGGCACGGUGUCGGUUCGAAAAUUUUUGUACCUGAACCGAACCUCAGUUCAAAAAUCGACGGUUUCAGUUCGGGUAAAUUCUCACGAUUUCGGUUUUAACCGCCGGUUCGGUAAACCUUGGGCAGGGGUGAAAGGUUAGUGAGUAUGGACUUUGAGACGUGUUUAGCUUAUCUUAGUUGUACAAUUCCCUCACCAAGUGUUCAGCUGCGUGGACCUUUAUCCACAUAUUGAGGCCAAAUGGAGAUCUGAUGCUAAAUUGGCUGCUAUCAUUGUAGAACUGAAGCAGAAUCACUAAGUCUAAUUCACUUGGCUUGGUGAUCAACUUCGUAGAAAAGGAAGGUUGGUAAUUGGGAAUGAUGAAGGCAUGAGAAGACAAAUUAUUAAGGCUUUCCACUAUUCAAGUAAAGGAGGAUGGUCUUGGAUCCUAGCUACUUACAAGAGGUCGAACUCACUUUUUUAUUGGACUAAGAUGGAGAAAUCACCAUAGAGUGUGAUGUUUGUCAAAAGAAUAGAUAUGAUCACAUUGCAUAUAUGAGGGUUACUACAACCCUUAUCUAUACAUGAGGGAGCUUGGUCACAGUUGUUGAAGUGUGCAGGAUAAGGUACAAAUCAGGAGGAAAGGAGUCAGAAGGAAUUCGCGUGAAAAGGCGCAGAAAAAGUGCAAACUGGCAGAAAGGUUCAAACUGGUCAGGAUGGAUGCCAUGGAGCUGGACACGAGAAAGAAGGACUUCCUUGGAACAAUCACUAUCUAAAGAGGGGCAAAAUUAUCAUUUCGCAUGAAGAGGCAGCCCUAGAAAUUAGGGCAAGCAACCCUAUAAACAGGGUUGAACAUAAAGAAAAGGGAUCACUUUUUUUAGGGAGAAUAGCUCCAUUAGCUCUUAGUUCCGCUCUCUAAAUCCAGCAGUCUGACUUGAAGAUUCCGGCCACGGGCCGGUGGGGGGUCAUAAUGCCUGAUUCAUUCCAGUCGCUGUAAUUCCAGAAGUUCUUCCAGUUUCAGUUUCUGAGGAGCCAAACAAUCUUUUACUUGCUUUGUUUUUAAGAUUUCUUAGCUUAAGUACUUGUUUUGCUUGCAUUUGACUUGGAUUCCAGUAGCUACUUUAGUUGUAACAUCUUUUGGGUGAUAAUCUUGAAUGCAAUGAAGUUUAUGGUGGUUUUA